GUUCAAUUCAAAUUCCCAACUAUAUUUCUCCUUGCAUUUCCACUCCAAGAAACCACAAAAUAAAAAAAAAAACAUUUUUCACACACCACAAUCGCUGGAGGUCAUCCACUCUCUACAAUGGCGGAGAAUCAAGAACAAGUGCAGCCGAAGGAGAGAGAAAUUCCAGUUUUCACAGUCUUGAAGAAUGGUUGUGUAUUGAAGAACAUCUUCGUUUUAGAUAACCCUCCCCCUAUUUCUUCGUCUUCCACGGCGGGUCUUGAAGAGAUAUUGCUAGUGGGGAGGCACCCCGAUUGCAAUAUAAAGGUGGAGCACCCGAGUAUCAGCAGAUUCCAUCUCCGCAUUCACUCGAAACCCUCUUCUCGAUCUCUUUCCGUCACCGAUUUAUCCUCCGUACAUGGGACUUACAUCUCUGGGAAAAGAAUCGAGCCGGGUGUCACGAUGGAACUAGUUCGGGGUGACACGCUGAAGCUAGGGGAGUCUAGUAGAUUGUAUAGACUAGACUGGGUUCCAAUCAGCUAUGCGUAUGAGGUAAACAACCUGUUUGCACCUCAGCUGGAUGAGUUGGAUACCGUCGAUGAAGAAACACCAGUAGCAGAUCAGGAUGAGAAUUGUCUGCCUCGUGAAAAUGAAUGGGGCCAGGAUCUGGGUAAUGAAAUAGAAGCUCUAGGGUGGCAAUUUUCUGAGGCGGAUCUAGGUUUGGCUGUGCAAGAAGUAGAGAACGCUCGCUCGCCUGAAAUGUUCAGCAACGAAAAUGAAGCGCCUGAAAUGCUCAGUAAGGAAAAUGAAGCGCCUGAAAUGCUCAGCAAUGAAAAUGAAGCGCCUGCAAUGUUCAGCAACGAAAAUGAAGGGCCUGAAAUGUUCAGCAAUGAAAAUGAAGGGCCUGAAAUGUUCAGCAACGAAAAUGAAGCGCCUGCAAUGUUCAGCAACGAAAAUGAAGGACCUGAAAUGUUCAGCAACGAAAAUGAAGGGCCUGAAAUGUUCAGUAACGAAAAUGAAGCGCCUGCAAUGUUCAGCAACGAAAAUGAAGGGUCUGAAAUGUUCAGCAAUGAAAAUGAAGGGCCUGAAAUGUUCAGCAAUGAAAAUGAAACGCCUGAAAUGUUCUGCAAUGAACAUGAAGCGCCUGAAAUAUUCAGCAACGAAAAUGAAGAGCCUGAAAUGUUCAGCAAUGAAAAUGAAAUCUCCCGUGGCCAGCUGUUAUCACUGGAUAUGUCAUUUUCAUGUGAUGAAGGAGCAGGAGGGGUGUGGAAGCAGGAUGGGGAUGGUUUAUUGCUUCACAAGGAUGAUUUAGGUGAAACUAUGGAGGAUACGCUGUUAUGUGACGAGGCAACAAUGCCUCCACGGCCAGAAGAUGAAGCGGAGACUGUCAAUUCGCCUGAGAUACACAUCAAUGAGAUUGUUUUCUCAAGCAUUCAGAAAGGCCAUAUGCCAUUAGCAGAAACUAUGGAGGCUUCUGUGAUGAACUCGGAGAAAAGGUUAGGUAUGAAUAUUUGGUCGAGGAGGGGUAAAUUCGAGGAUGUCAAGAUCAGAACCAGCAGAAGCAAGGCAAUCUGCACGAACAUUCAUAUGAGCGCACAGAUCAGAUCACUUCUCGUUGAAGACCGUGCGAACAAAUCAAUGGUGAAAGAUCAAUGUGGUGCUAGUCCUAAUAAGGAUGAAGGGAUCUUCACACCGGACAAGGAGAACGCUUCUCCUGAUUCCUGCCUGGUCAGAUCCUUGGGAAGCAAAUUCGAUGAAGCUUUGAAGAGCGAAUCAAUCUCAGAUGAAGAAAUUUUCGGUUCAGAUGAAGAGAAUACGACUCCGAACAGUUAUCUGCUCAGGUCCAUCAAGAAUGUCGGGAGCUCUCAAGUGGUUAGGCGCCUGAACUUGCACAAACCUUCUCCCUUGAAGAAAGCUAGCCGCAGCAUUUUACAGGAACGUAAAUCAGAAAGCUCUGCUUUCAAAGGGAAGGCAGCAGAAAGGGAACCUUUUCUUCCGCUGCCUGUGGAUAGCCGAGGCAUUUUACAGGAACGUAAACCAGAUAGCUCUGUUUUCAAAGGGAAGAAAGCAGAAACGGAACCUUUUCUUCCGCUGCCUGUGGCUAGCUGCGGCAUUUUACAAGAACGUAAAUCAGAAAGCUCUGCUUUCAAAGGGAAGGAAGCAGAAAGGCAACCUUUUCUUCCGCUGCCUGUGGUUUCCACUGGUGAUGAUAAGUCCACACCGACACCUCCAGUACGUGAAUGCACAGUGAGAGAAAGCCGAUGUGUCGAUUACUCCAAGGCGAGAGGGAACAGGUGGAUUAUUGUAGUAGACACUGGUUGUCUGCUAAACAAGAAGUCAAGGAGGGAGCUGCAGCUGUUGAGAGGUCUUCGAGGGACCUCAUUGGUCAUUCCAAGAAUUGUUUUGAGGGAGCUCGACUGCAUGGUGAGACGUGCUAGUUUCCUGUCAAGAAUGACGGAGGCCUCUGCAGCGUUGCAAUGGAUCGAGGAGUGUAUGGCUUCAACAGCGUGGUGGAUUCACGUGCAGAGCUCAGCAGACGAGGGCAGGCUCGUCCCACCAACUCCGCCUGCUGCUGCAUCUGCUCACUCGUUCAGUGAGGAGAAAGGCGCGUUCUCCGUCGGCUCUAUCCCUUUCUCUCCCUAUACUCUGCAAGAAAUCAUCACUCCAACUGCUGCAGACCACAUCCUCGAAUCUGCUAUCCUCUUCAAGCAAGCCAUGGAUGGACAACUUGUCCUUCUCAGUGAUGAUGUUACUUUAAAGAUCAAAUCCAUGGCCGAGGGUAUCAUCUGCGAGACAGUGAGAGAGUUUCGUGGCAGUCUUGUCAACCCUUUCUCGGCGAGGUUUUUGUAUUCAGAUAGCUCUCCAAGAGGGCCUGCAUGGACUUGUGUGGAUGAUACUAUCCUUAAGGAGAAAUACUACCCGAGUCCCACGAAGAAAGCCACGAAAUCGGGAGACGGGGCUAAAGGUUUGAAGCUGAUACUACUGCACAACUCCAAUUUCAGAAAGAUGAGAGCUUAGGCAGUUUGACUUGAAAGUUAUUGAGCGCUUCUCAAUUUCUCAAUGUAUGUUAAAUUGUUACUAUAUUUGGGAGUCUUGCGUUACCAAAUUUGAUA